AUUCUCAGGCAGGCACUCAGGACAAACACACACUCGCACCGCUCCCUGGACAACUUUUUUAAAAACGAAAUAAAGCGUGAUGAUGACAGAAGAAAGUCGGGGCAAGCGAAGGAAACAAGCCAACCCCAGGAGAAACCGAGUGGAUGCUGAGCAAGUGACUUCACUGGGAUCUGAGGGGGAGGAUGAGGUGGGCCUGUGGAGCCUGGAGCCCCAGGACUGCCAGGAGAGCCUGGACAAGACAAGCCUGACGCCUAGCGAGGGGACGGAGGAGCCCGGCAGCCCUGCUCGCUCCACGCGACCACACAGUCUCAGCCCCGGCAGCAGGAACUACUGGCCACAGGUGGAGCAGGAGGCAGAGGCCGCAGAAGACGCCACCACCUCAUCUGCCACUGACAGGGAGGGAGACCAGGAACCAUUGAGGAUGUACCGUAAGAACUCAGACUCCCAGAAUUCCUUGGAGGACCUUGCCCACUUUGAAUUUCUGGCCCAGUUGAGGAAGGCCUCUACCUCAGCCAGUCUCUUGGACCAUCUGAGCCACAAUGGCAUGGCAGCGGUGUACCACCCGGGCAGCAGGCACGAUGAGCUGCCGCCUGCCAUCUGGUCACCAGGAGCUCAGCACAGCUCACCUGAGGGAGCAGAUGCAGGGAGGACCCAGCAGGCCUGUCCAUUCUGUCACAGGAUGUAUCAGCGAGGAGCCUCUUUGAGGGACCACAUCAAGUACUGUCAGGAGAGGGAGGGGGGCCACAUGGUCUGUCCGCUCUGUGGAUACACUGCCACCCAUAGGGCACAGAUGGAGCGGCACUUGGCACUUCAUAACCAAGUUCAGGACAAGAGUGUCAUCACUUUGGAUCAAGGCGUUGAGACGAGGAAGUUCAAAUGUCUGCAGUGUGGGAAAGCAUUCAAGUACAAACACCACCUCAAAGAGCAUCUCCGCAUCCACAGCGGUGAGAAACCUUACGAGUGCUCCAACUGCAAGAAACGCUUCUCUCACUCCGGCUCCUACAGCUCCCACUUAAGCAGCAAAAAGUGCCUGAAUGGGGGACAUGCAGGGGCAAACACAGGAGGAGCAUUUAAUGGACACAGCCAAAGCUCUUACCACCCCUCAUUUCCAACUUCUCCCUCUGCAGGGAGAAACAGUACUGACAAGGGCUCUCCGUUGGCGUCCCAGGGCCAAGAUCAUACCGGGCCUCUGGGUCGAAUAUCAGAGGAUCCUCACCAGCUUUCACUGCAGGACCCCAACCACAACCCCACGGGCUUCCCCAGAGCUUCAGACCUGGCUCGGCUUUGGGACCCCUCAGCCGAGCUCUCUCUGAGGGCCAGUAUACUGAAAGGGACUACCUUGCUGCCUUAUCUGCACUCUGGGACCAAGUUUGAACAGAUGCUGCAGGAGAUGCUUCACAGGGAGGUGAAGAAAGAUGAGGAGAUGGACAGGGGAGGAGGAGGAGGUGCAGUGGAGGAAAGGAAGGUGAUUUACAACGGGGGAGGGCCUGACAGGAAAGUGUCGCCUGACAGGAGAAGAGAGGCAGUGAGGUCAGGUGAAGGGGAGAGAGGUGUACUGGGAGUGACGUGUCGUUGGUGCUCCCAGCUUUUCCCCAACGUGGCGGUGCUCCUGCAGCAUGAGCGCUACCUCUGUAAGAUGAACCGAGAGGCAGUGGAGGUGCUCGAGAGUCUUCGCAGCAAAGAGCACUCCUCGCCACCUUUGUUCUUCCCCAGAUCUGCUCUCCAACCGGAGAACAGCAAGCCAAGUGAAGCAACCAACGGCCUCUCUGGAAACAAAUCACCGUUACAGAAGCCCAGCUGGCACUCUGUGCCUCAGCAGCUUUUGGUCGCAAUGCACUCUCCCCCACAGUCCCACCAUGAUGCCCUGGCCUCACGAGCCUACUGGUCCAGCCAGGAAAAGGGAAGCCCGAACCAACCAAUCAACCACUCCCCAGAGCUCUCAUCACCCCGUGUCAGAAGGAGGGUUCCCUCUUCAGGAUUCGGCUCUCCGGUCUGCCUGGACCUCACCAGCUGUCCUCCUGAACUGACGUUGCCUAAGAACCAGACCAGCAGCCCCUGGUCCGCACAGAACGAGCCGCUGGAUCUCUCCCUGCCCAAGCAGCUCUCAGACCAGGAGGGGAGGAGAAAAACUGUAAACGGCAACUCAGCCAGAGGAGAGAGGAUAGAGCGCGGGACCCAGCAGCUUAGCAGACCAAGUCCAACCUCACAUCUCCCCCUUCACCACCACCCGGUCUACAGUGGGGCCGGAGCGCCUAUGUUCCCUGGUUCCUUAUAUAAUGGUUUUCCUAUCUUCAACCAGUCUGGUUUAGGGCUUUCAGGGCACGAUGGCCUUACAGGGAUUCCAUUCAGCCAGCCAGCAAAUAGCCCUGGGUUUCUCUCUCCUAUGGCUUACAUGAUGGAGGCAGACGCAGAGGCGACGCUGAAAAAGAUGCACCAAGAGAGACAAGCCCUCAUGGGUGAGGUGUUAAGCCGUGGAGCUCUGGACUACCUCUCUCUCAUGGAUGACGGACUGGAGGGAGAUGGAGGACCGGGGAGGAAAAGACUGAAGAAGACAGACGAGGGCCUUUACGCUUGUGACAUUUGUGAAAAAACCUUUCAGAAGAGCAGCUCUCUGCUCCGGCACAAAUACGAGCACACAGGUAAGCGUCCUCAUGAGUGUAAGAUCUGCAACAAGGCCUUCAAGCACAAGCACCAUCUGAUCGAGCACAGCCGGCUGCACUCCGGAGAGAAACCCUACCAAUGUGACAAGUGUGGCAAGCGCUUCUCUCACUCCGGCUCGUACUCCCAGCACAUGAACCACCGCUACGCCUACUGCAGCAAAGACCAGGAUCCAGACCAAGACCACGAGGAGAUGCCUCUCACCCCGGGUGCAGGCAGCAACCUCGGGGGCCAGCUCAUCAACGGGACCCCUCUGUCCAUGGAGGACACACAAACCGCACACUCCUUCCUCAGCGAUUCCAGUCUGGACGGAGCUGCAGAGGCCCUCAAAGAAGAGGAGGAGGAAGAGGAGGAGGAUAAAGAGGCAGGAGUUAGUGAUGGUCAUGUGGAAGAGCCACAUGUGGGGGCAGCAGAGGAGCUUGGGGGUAGCCCCAUCCAAGGAUCACCUGAGAAAGUGAAAAAGGAACGAAAUGGUUACGAAAUGGGAAACCAUAUUGACAAUGAAGAGGGACAGUUCUGGGACCGAGACAGUGAGGACCAGAAUGGCAACUUGGACAAAUGUGAACUGGAUAUAACAGAUUUACCCAGAAUAAAAACUUGAGGUGACUUUAAAAAGCCAAUACAAUGCAUAUACUAUAUAUAUUAAGACUUUUGAUACACUUUUUUAAUCGCAUAUAUACAAAUAUAUGUAUAUAUAUAUAUAACAGCUCCACUGAGUUUUUACUCAUUUUUACAACAUGAAAAAAUGCACAGAACUGCCAAAGCAUAGAUGGCCUUAAAGUGGAUGAAGCCAUACAAACAAAUUAUAUGUGACAAUAUGAAUUAUAGUAUUUUAUCAUGCAAAAUAGCGUUGAUGUGCCUACAGCGCCUUUUGUUUGUUUUGUUUUUAAUCGUUUUUUGUUUGCCAGGACAGCUAGAAAACAUUUGGGUUGACUCAUCUGAGGUCAGGUAUCCAGAUGUGACCUUGCAGAAAUCUAACUUUUUACACUCUUGCUGCUGCUGUCUGUUGCACAACCCAUAAAGAAGAGGCCUUUGAAAUAUUAUCUUCAGGAUCCAGUUUACUUUGUUUUCACUUUGUUGAAACAUUUUAGACUGUUCACAUGUAGAUGCACACGGAAAGGAAGGAAAGCCAGGCCCAGAAGGAAAGGAUUGUUUGCAGGAUGGACAGACAUCCAGUGUUACAGUAAGUGUCCACAGGGGGUGUUUUUUUGACACGAGGGCUCGCAGCACUUGAUGGGCGCGCCACUAGUCGUGUUGAAAGAUGAUUGAAAGGAAAUCAAGAAAAAAAGCCCUGCAGUUGUUAAGUUGUGUUCUAGUUUUUCAGGGGUUUUCAGAUGUGUCGAGUCCCUGAGGACGUCCUGUCUCUCAACACAUGCCACAAUGCUCCCAGAAUGCAUUACAUGGCUGCUUACAUGUGGGAAGCGUAGAAGUGGACACGCGCCAUUACUUUAGCAUUCAGAGUUAGAGGUAAAGUAUGGUUGCAGUCAUAUUGAUCAGAAUGGCCUGAUACUAUAUUUAUUCUUCCUAAUUAAGGGGAAGUUGCAUUCAAUAUCCUGUGGUAUUAUUUCAUACAAAUCCAUACCUCUGUUUUAAUAAAUGAGCAAUAACUUGUCAAAUGUUUUACAUGAAAUUACACACAUGCAGCUAUUACUUUGUUCCAAAACCAGUGGAAGCGCUCCUUUUAUCAUUCGUGCUUUGAAAUCACAAGAUACAACCAGCUCAUGUCUUCAGGUUAACUCUGGUGCUCGGUGACUAAUCAGCAGUAUUUAGUAGUUUAGAGCAAGCAGUAAAAAGAGCAACAACUGGAAGGAGGAUGUUUAUUUAUUUAUUUUUUAAACAAAAAGCAGUGGACUGCACCUUUUAAAACGUAUGCCUUGCUCGGGGACAGUCAUUCCUGUAUGGUAAAGAUGAAGUCAGUCUUUGGGUGUUGUUCCUUUUAGGGAGCAAUUAAGACUUGCACUGUUCGUGUAAUAAUCACACAGAGCUGCUUUUUAUUUCAUUUUUAUGCUAAAAAAAUUUUUUUUACAUGUGCUAAAGCCUAUUUUCACAGCCCCGGAACAAUAAUGUGUCACACAUUUGAGCUGUCUGUUGAGGUGUGGCGAGAGGGUCAAGACUCAGGACACACACAUCAGCUUUUUACUUCCUCUUUCCGACUGCAGUGUAGUCAACGUGAAAAGUGCCUCAGAUGUACUCAGACACUGUGAGUAAUCCGACAAAGCCUUGGUACGAUGAGAUAAGACGGUGGUGCAUGAGGUGUGACUAAGCUUGUAGCAAUCAUGCAUACCAUGCACCAGAGACACUUCUUGGUCUUAAUGUAUGUGAGUGUGUGUGUGUGUGUGUGUGUGUGUGUGUGAGAGAGUGUGUUUAUCGCCAAAGAUAUGCAUAUGUGACACGCUAACUGCAACUCUAUUCGUGCGUAGUUCCUUACCUGAUAUUUCUGGGUCAAACAUUUUUUUAAAUAUCAUGCAGUGGUUUUUUUUUUUUUAUCUUUUACUGGCACCCAUGCAACUUUUGUAUUCACUUUUUAUAUAUGUAUUUUGCAUGUUUGUGGAUAUUUGUAAUAAAAUUGUACAUACUUUGUCA